AUGACAAGAAAGCAAGUGAAGGGAAAUUUUCACAAAUUAAAUGAUGAUGAGCUGACAAUUAUUCUUGAAUUUAUUACUCCGAGUAGUUAUUCAUCAUUUUCACAUAUCAAUAGGCAAUGUUAUUCAAUUUUUGAGACGGAAAAGCCAAAAUUUUGGAAUCAGAAAAGGAUUGAAUAUGAAGAAAAAGUUGAAAUCAAACGAAACCGCGAGGAACAAAACACGGACAGACUUGUCAACAGUAUGAGAUAUGCUACUGAGUGCAACUGUUUUUAUACAGCUUGUUUACUAUUUGUUGUGAUUCUGGGGAUGUUGUUAUUGGUUGGAGGUCUUGGCUUGGCUUUAGGUUCUGCGAGUCAUGUAGAGAGUUCGUUCAAUGAUUGUGAGAGGAUUGUUUCUUCUGUUCAAGUUUUGAACAGUACUAUUGGAAGGGUUUCGUAUCCAGAAUGUGUGGAAUGCAACACUAAUUGGAAUUCGAGUUGUAAUAAUUUUAAUACUCUUCCAUGUUGUCAACCGAAUAAUAGCUCAACAAGUAUUGGAUGUAUGUUUGAUAGUAUCCCAACAAGACUGAAAUAUUUCUAUUAUGUUAAACUUAGAGAAAGCAAAAUACAAUAUCCCACUGUAUUUUCAUAUGAAUGCAAUGUCCCUGAAUGUAUUAAGGAAAAAAAUCAAGAUGGAGCUCUCAAAUGUAAAAUGACAUCAUAUAGCUCUAAGAGUGGAGUUGAAAUUUAUCAACUCUAUCUUUACAAACCAGAAAUUGAUUAUCCACUAUUCAUAGGAUUAUUACCAAGUGGUUUAGUGUUAUUGUUCCUCUUCUUGAUUGAUGCAGUGUUUAUUGGUUUGCUUUUCAGUUUAUUAUGUUGUAAUAGAGAUGUUUCUGAGUGGAUUGUAAGAAACAAAUUGGUGAAACUGAAAAAAACAGGAAAUACCUAUCGGGUGAGACCAAAUUAUAACUGUUGUUUCUGUAUUUCAUUCCUGUUAUUGAAAUCUACUGAUACCUAUGAUUUGGAAGUGUCUCAACUUUAG